UCUAAAACUGCCUACAAAAUGUACUGAAUGAGCUAUCACACACGGAGUGUUAACUCCCCAACUGUGAAGAGGGACUUACAAAAGUAUUGUUUUACACCAUCUCCACACCAGCGGAUGGCCUUCAGCAACUGUAUUAGAAGUCCGAAACUGCACAACCCCAUCAACGACAUGUUGAAGAAGAUAGUGAAGAAGAGAAAAAUUGAGACACGAGGGAUGCCAGAAUUAUUCUCCCCUUCUAGAUACUUAUCACCGAGCAUCGCAAAAUCAGUAAAAGGACUUCUUAUCUCAACAAUAAGCUCCCAAGUACUUUAUUAAAGCUCAGAUUUUGGUAAGGUGUCAAGCGAGGAGGGCCAUCAAGGAUUAUCUCUAAAAACAGAGAUCUUGGCCAAAUUUGAAGCUAGACCUGACCCUUAUUCCUGAUCCAAUCUGAUCUCAUUUGUUUCUAUAGGAAGAAGAGACUUAAGCGCCCAUCCGUACUCAGAAAGUUUAAAAGAAGAAGGAAGAUUACUGAUGGUAUUGUAACAGGACCUACAGAACUUAACCAUUCGAAAGUG